UUGUGUGGCGGCGACGUUCCGUUUAUUUGGUCGCCAUUUCGAAUUUUUAGUCGGAGCGAUUUCGAUGGGCAUCACGCGCUCGAGUGCGAUGGCGUGCGAAGGAGCGAUGGGGUGCUGGCGUUGUGCGCCAGCGACGCGGAUUUCGUGACGGAGCGGCUCGGCGCGGCGGUUCGGCCGCUCGUCGUCCAUCCACCGUUGAGGGAGAGCGUGUUGAAGAUUGCGCGCGCGCGGCGCGGAGAGACUCGAAGACGGAAGUACUUGACGUGCGUCGUGCGCGUGAGCGAAGAGAAAGAGCCGCACAGGUUCGUCGAGCUGUGCGAGGAACUCGCGAGGCGAGGCGUUUUUGAUUCCAAAGCUCUCUCGCCCGUGUUUUGCGCCAACGCGAGCUUGUGUCAAACGAGCGCGUACGCACAAGAUCUGAAGGCUCGCUUUCAAAAGUGUGCGCCCAGUGGUCGAGUGAUUGAGCACUUUCUUUCGCCGGAAGAGUUGGGCGAAUUGUUUAGCGAGACGAUUUUGAACAUUCACCCGCCGACACACGACGCCUUCGGGAUGACAAUCGUCGAAAGCGCAGCGUUUGGUGCGCCCUCCGUCGUACAUCACGCGGGCGCGGUCGGAGCGAGUGAGUUAUUACAGACCAUUGGUGUGGACGUGGAAGCUCCGACGCGCGAGUUCGCUGAUAAAAUCGAAGAAAUUCUUCUCGACGCGCGCACGCGCGUCGUCGCCGAAAACGCCCACUCCAAAGCUUUGGAGUGGGACGAGGCCAGUUUUGGGCAUGCGGUCUUCGACUUUUUGUUCAGUCACAUUAGAAAUCCGUAG